CCUGGAGCUCCUCUCGGUGCUGACACGAUGACAGUGUACCUGCUGGCCGAGGGCAGCCACAGCCAGACAGAAAGCCUGAGCUGCACGUUGGCUGACACGGUCAAGGUGGAAGGUCCAGGGACUGGGGAAGACUCUCGAAGGCAGCCACUUGGGUCCUCCAUUCCUUUCCCAAAGACUGAUCAGGAGCCAGUCUUCAAAAGGAGCCCACUGGAAAGCCUCAGGAACCUCAUGCUAGAAUCAGGAGUGGACAUGUUCAACUCAGAUAUGAUCAUCAGUGACCCUGCUGCAGAGGCCAGCAGGGCUGGGAAGAAGCAGCUCCGAGGCGUUCAGAACCCCCACCUGUCUGCCCAAGUUGGAGUCCGGCACAAGUCCCUCAGCAUAAAGGACAAGAUAUCAGAAUGGGAAGGGAAGAAGGAGUCGCUCGCUCCGGUACCUGGCAGGAGAGCAGAAGGACAAGAGGAUUAUCUGACGUCCUGUGUGAUAGGAAGGAGAAGUAGUGAUGGGGUGAGAACAUGGGUCUCAAAGGCUAAGAAUAAAACAAGGCCAGAAACAGAGAGUAUAGAGGAGAAGAAUAAAGGGGCAGUGAAAGUUGGUGUUCAGGACCCAGAGAGGGGGCAAGUCCUAAGCCAGCUGGAGAGGGAGCUGAAUCUUGACUUGGGCAGUGGCCAGGAGCCAAGGCCUGGCAAACAGCGCUUUCAGAACGAUCACCUGUCGGUGCUGAAGCAGGUCAAGAAACUUGAACAGGCUUUGAAGGAUGGCUCAGCAGGGCUGGAUCCCCAGUUGCCAGGGACUUGUUAUUCCCCACACUGCCUGCCUGACAAGGCAGAGGAGGGCUCCACCCUUUCUGAGAACCUGGGAGGUGCUGGUGGCUCAGAAGUCAGUCUGAGGGUCCACCACUCAGACCUGGAUGGCAGGGAGCCCACCCCUAAGGCUGCGGAGGAAAGGAAAGGGUCAUGUGGAUGGCCCUGGGACCCGAGUCAUGAGAAUGUGUACAGGGGAGCCAGGGGAUCCCCUGCAAAGCCCUUCAUCAACCCCCUGCCAAAACCCAGGAGAACAUUCAAGCAUGCUGGAGAAGGGGAUAAAGAUGGGAACCCAAGCAUCGGAUUCAGGAAAGAGAAAAGAAACCUGCCUCCUCUGCCCUCUCUCCCUCCGCCGCCCCUGCCCUCCUCACCCCCUCCUUCCUCUGUGAACAGAAGACUAUGGACUGGGAGACAGAAAUCCAGUGCUGACCAUAGAAAGUCCUAUGAGUUUGAAGACAUACUGCCAUCUUCCUCUGAGCACAACAGGGUGGACUGGUAUGCACAGACUAAGUUGGGGCUCACACGCACUUUAUCAGAGGAGAACAUCUAUGAAGACAUUCUAGAUACGCCAAUGAAGGAAAACCCUUAUGAGGACAUCGAGUUACAUGGCCGCUGUCUGGGGAAGAAGUGUGUCUUAACCUUUCCGGGUUCUCCUACCUCUUCCAUCCCUGACACACCCAGCAAGCAAUCAUUGUCCAAACCUGCUUUUUUCCGGCAAAAUUCAGAAAGGAGGAACUUCAAGCUACUGGACACUAGGAAACUAAGUCGGGAUGGAACUGGGUCUCCUUCCAAAAUCAGCCCUCCCUCUACUCCCAGCAGCCCUGACGACACUUUCUUUAACCUUGGAGACCCGCAGAACGGCAGGAAGAAGAGAAAGAUACCCAAGCUGGUGUUGCGAAUCAAUGCCAUUUAUGAGGCUCGGAGAGGAAAGAAACGGGUGAAGAGGCUGUCCCAGUCAACGGAGAGCAACUCAGGAAAAGUGACAGAUGAGAACAGUGAGUCUGACAGUGACACCGAAGAGAAGCUGAAAGCUCACAGCCAACGCCUGGUCAAUGUGAAGUCCCGCCUGAAGCAGGCGCCUCGGUACCCGUCCCUUGACCGGGAGCUCAUUGAGUACCAGGAGAGGCAGCUCUUCGAAUACUUUGUAGUCGUGUCUCUGCACAAGAAGCAGGCCGGAUCUGCCUACGUGCCAGAACUCACCCAGCAGUUCCCUCUAAAGUUGGAUAGGUCUUUCAAAUUCAUGAGAGAGUUUGAGGACCAGCUGAAGGCCAUCCCCCAGUUCUGUUUCCCAGAUGCCAAGGAUUGGACUCCUGUCCAGCAGUUUACCAGUGAAACAUUCUCGUUUGUCUUAACUGGAGAAGAUGGGAGCAGAAGGUUCGGCUAUUGCCGAAGACUUCUGCCUGGAGGCAAAGGGAAGCGUCUUCCCGAAGUUUACUGCAUUGUGAGCCGCCUGGGAUGCUUCAGCCUCUUUUCAAAGAUCUUGGAUGAGGUGGAAAAAAGACGAGGCAUUUCUCCUGCCCUGGUACAGCCCCUCAUGAGGAGUGUCAUGGAAGCCCCUUUCCCAGCCCUGGGCAAAACCAUCCUUGUCAAGAACUUUUUGCCAGGUUCAGGAACUGAGGUGAUUGAACUGUGCCGCCCGCUGGACUCCCGGCUUGAGCAUGUGGACUUUGAGUCUCUCUUCUCAUCUCUCAGCGUUCGCCACCUGGUCUGUGUUUUUGCCUCCCUGCUUCUGGAAAGGAGGGUCAUCUUCAUUGCAGACAAACUCAGGUACUCACCUUGGCACCUUCUGCUAACGUAUUUGAAUGCCAGUCGGUCUUGGACGCUCAUGUCUGUAGAGUAGGUGAUUGCCUCAGGUUGAGAGUAAGCCCU